AUGGAGAAAUUGUCGGCACGAUUCUGUGAUGCUCGUAAAACGAACGUGGACGAUCAAUGGUAUAUACCAAGGCCUACGAUAAAUAAAUUACUCGACAGGAACACUAUUUCCCAGCUUGCAGACGAGAGCAACCUUCCAACUCCUGAGGAUGGUGGCAAAUUUGGGGUCAAAUACCGACCUGGUCUUGUGGAUGCCAUUCAUGCGCAGGCGACGGCAACGCUUGCUAUAUUAUUUCACCUCGAUCCGAUCUAUUUACGUUAUCUACAUUACAUCGUCAGCCUCAUCAGGUAUGGAAACUCUACAGGCUCUGAUAUUGAUCACCGUUUGCCACUUACUGUCGAGAGUCUCGACCUUUGCGAGCUCGACCCUGAUCAUGCGAAAUCCUUCUUUAACGAGCAAUGGCAUUUCAUUGCACCUACCAUUCGCCUUGGUAUAGUUUCUCCAGUCGAGUUCAGUCGAGAAGUCAUACUGCCACUCCGAUCUAAUGAGACGGAAAGACACUUUGACGAACUAGGAGCGUUCGGCUCUGUCACAGAGAUUUAUGUUGAGCAAGGUCACCAAGCAGAGCCGGGUUAUAGUGGUAGAGUGGUUCGCAAAAAGUUUCAUCCCUAUGUCAAGAAAAAGAUGUUCCUUAAGGAGCUUCAUAACUUAAGUAUUUUGUCUUCAAUACGGCACGAAAACAUUGUCCAACUAUUGUCAGCAUAUGUACAAGAUGGAAGCUUCAAUCUCAUCUUUCCCCUUGCAAGUCACGGAAACCUCGAACAAUUAUUUCGACGUCAGAUGCCAUCUCAAUGGUCGAUAAUGGAAUCUGAUAGAUCUGUCCUUAUGGGUGUGUCUGGAUUAGCCUCGGCAUUGGUAACAAUGCACGAAUUUACAUCUGGAAAUCUCCGCCUGAUAGGAUGCCAUCGCGACCUCAAACCUGCGAAUGUUCUUGUGGAUGGUCAGCGAUUGCUCCUGGCCGAUUUCGGUCUAUCCAGAAUUGUGGACAGCCAGGAGACCUCUAGCUCUACAGCACCGAAUGUUCUGGGAGACUUCUUGGCGCCUGAGCACGAAGGCAAAGAUUUCAUCCGAAAUCCCAUCGGGCGUUCGAGUGACAUAUGGGCAUUUGGAUGUAUCAUGCUGAUGCUGUUAGUGUACUACAAGGAUGGUCCUGAUGGGCUGGAGCAGCUCAAGAGUAAGCGCCGAAGAGAAUGGCCGCAGUAUUCGCAUCAUUGCUUUCAUGAUUAUGACAGACCUAAUAAGGGUCUAAUAGAUCAAUUUACUAAACUUGACCUUGAUCCCUCUGCCUUCGUGCAAGGCCUCUCUAAAAUCAUCCAAAAACUGCUUGCUCUGGAGAAGAACAAGCGACCGAGAGCUGCUGCUGUCGAUAUACACAUUCGAGCUUUGAUAAUCUAUUUAUUGUCCCAGACGGUUGACCAGGCCUUCCGUCAGGCUUGCGAGAGUGACUACACCCACGUCCAUGUCGAGAGAGUAAGGUUCCAAGGAUGGCGUUUAGCAGUCAAAAUCACGCAUUCGGAUUUUCCAGACUUUCUGGGAUCUUUCGUAGAUACGUCUUAUGGCGGCUUUGCGUCCACGAUGGACCAUUUACAAGCAUUGCAAAGCACAGUCGCCAGUUUCAAAGAGAGCCAUAUUAAUCGAGGAAGGAAGGCAUUCUUACCUGCUAGGAACCGCAUAGAUCGCCUCCUGGAGGCUCUAGAUGGCGAACGACGUGCCAGCGCUUCGGCGUACAUGGAUCACAUCAUGCUCCAGAGCAAAGAUUUCGGGUGGCUCCAAGAGUUGCACAAGUUUAGCCAGAAGAUAUUCGACGCGCACACGGAAAGAAAAGUCGACAUAAGGAGACGAAUUCUUAUGCCAUCUAGGUCGAAUGAACGUAUUGACGGAAAUCUUCUUGUCGAAUUUUCUCAACUAGACCCCUCGCCAGGAAUGGAUCAGAUCUCCAAAGUGCAGGUCAUGUCCAGCACUCCUCGUGAGCAUACUGUAGCUCUUGUUGAAGACACAACUUUUUUCGGGAUCGACACUGCGCCUGAACCAACGUCACCCUUACGUUUACAAGAGAUAACAAAAUUGCUCUCGAUCUCAGCAGCUAAUGAUAUAUACAAAGUCUUGCGGUGUCGUGGCUAUUACCACCACCCAAUUGAGCUACGUUCGGGAUUACUCUAUGAACUGCCCAACGGUCCGCAUGGCCAGCUUGAGCAAUACAUCACCCUACGCCAGAUUCUCGAAAGCGAGAGCAUGGCCUGGCUCCUGGAAGACCGCUUCCACCUUGCCCAUAGUCUUGCAGCCGCACUGUUUGAGCUACAUUCUGUGUCAUGGCUACACCGCAAUAUCUCAGCAUCCAACAUAAUCUUCUUCUAUGACAAGCAGGGGGAUCCAAUUAAUCCUAAAGCGUUCUACUUCAUUGGUUUUGCACAAAGUCGUGCUGAUCGGGACCUGACACACAGCGAUGGACCCGCAGCGGGAAUACAAGAGGAUGACUACUAUCAGCAUCCGAAAUAUCGGUCUCAGAGCCAGGGAUUUCAAAUGCACCACGACUCUUAUGCCCUAGGCAUACUACUGUUGGAGAUAGGCAUUUGGCAACUGUAUCCAGGAGCUGUACGUAAAUGCAACGGCGAUGAAUCCACUAUGGAGGAGCUUGUAUUGCGUCUAGGGCCGUCAAUGGGUUCAUCCUAUCGUGAUAGUGUCUUGAAAUGUCUUGACGGAACCUUAGAGACGACUUCCUCUCUAGGAGGUUUUGACAAGAUGCCGAUGCGAUUUCGGACGCUUGUCGUUGAAGAGCUGAGUUCCAGCAAAUGCCGUGCGUAA